AACAAGAGAGGUCGAGAAGCACAUGGGCAGAGCAAGUUGGCAUGGAUCUUGGAACGGACUGAGUAUGAACAACAAGAUCUGUGGUGGACAGCCUCAUAUCUGAAGAUGAGAGACCCGAAUUUGUUCCUAUGUCAACCUGUACACAGUGAAUAUAGAGUGUACCAUGGUGAUUGGUAUUGGUGAUCUGAGGUUAGCAAAGGUGGCAGUACACCUCGAUCAUUGAUUGUCAACAAGGCCUACGUGCAGGUGAGCUUUGCCUCAGAAUCAAACAUGAGCAUUCACUAUCUGAGCUUGGAUAUCAAGAAUCAAAUGAGGUACCACAUGACAUAUGUGAAUUUAUGUUAAUCUAUUCCUUGGAGCGCAGGAAGGGGUGAUCUUUAAAAAAAAUGUACACAAUCGUGAGGGGAAUCGAUGGGACACAUCAUAGUAUUUUACCCAGGGUAGGGGUAUCAAGAACCAGAGGACAGAAGUUUAAUGUGAGAGGGAAAACACGGAGUAAUAUUGAACACUGGAGUGUUGAUCACACAAUACCGUGCAGUGUAGGCGUGAUCCGUCCGCUGCUACGUGCAUGUGAAAUUGUGGGCAACAUUUCAAAUGCGAGAUGUUACAAAAUAUUGAAUCAAGCUGCAUAGUACUUGUGGUUAUAGUUUCAUUGUUCUGCACGAGACGAAAACAAAAUAUAUCGGAAGGAAACAUUGGGCUCCCCUUCUAGCGUUAUGCAAGAUAUUGGUAUGGCUGUUCGCAAUAUUGCCUGUUUGCAAGCCGACAUGGGGACUGAUUGCUUGUCAUCUUUGCUUGCCAGUGCGCACAAAAUGAGUAUUGACACGAUUUGAUGUCUGGGCGCUGCAACGACAUGAAUCACGUACGUGAGCGCGACCUAGAACAGUCGCGGGCAAAGAUACUAGAGGAGCUCCUCUAGGAUCUUUGGUCGCGGGAGGGGAGCCGCACGUGCGGACCAGCCGAGUUUUGCGGCGGCGAGGGUUAGGUGGCCGGCCGUGCACGCGGGGGGGGGGCUCAGAACCAAAGAGGAUCUUUGCUCAGAACCGUGCCUUGCUGGGGCAGUGGGCACGAGCUCUCUGACGCAGCCCGGGUUGCGGCCGCGAGAGGCGGAGAAGGAGAAGCGCGACGCUCGCCCCAACGAACCGCCUUUGCGCGAGGCUGUGCUUGCGGCGGCUGCGUGACAACAUUCUCUCCACACGACCGCCCCUCCCCCCGGCGGUGGCGGCAGCACCGCCACCACCAACAACAACAGCGGCGGCGGUGGUAGCAGCGUAGACCGGGGAUUGGGAUGUGUGCGAGGAUCAGAGACAGUGUCAGCGGCGGCAGCGCCUGGCUUCUUCGCGCAGCUUCGACCCGGACACGAUACAGAUCUUCGUGAAUCCUACUUUUCUCCAAUGAUUGAUAGCUGGCCAUUACUUUUGAUGUUGUCUGCCAAUUUUGAGUCAUGAAGCUCAUGUCUUGACCAUGAACUUUCAUUAGCACUGCUGUGUUGGAUGGUAUAGGAAGCAUGGACCUGACUAAUGGACAGUCGAGCACUAUAUAUUUUACAACCACGGCUUCAGAAAGAAGUAGCAGCUCUGAAUCUCUAAGUGAGCAAGCCUCUAAUGAUCCCAAGAAAAGUUUUGAUGCCGUGGUGUUUGAUGUCCUGAAGGUGACGCCAGAAGAGUUUGCUAGUCAGAUAACAUUAAUGGAUGCACCAGUUUUUAAAGCUAUUCAGCCUGAGGAGCUGUCAAGUUGUGGUUGGAACAAAAAGGAAAAGUACAGUUCCUCACCAAAUGUUGUAGCCUUCACUCGAAGGUUUAAUCAUGUCAGCUUUUGGGUUGUCCGAGAGAUUCUCACUGCACAAACACUAAAAAUAAGAGCAGAAGUUUUGAGCCACUAUGUGAAGACUGCAAAGAAAUUAUAUGAGUCGAAUAACCUCCAUGCACUAAUGGCUGUCGUGUCUGGAUUACAGAGUGCGCCCAUCUUCAGACUUACAAAAACAUGGGCGCUUUUGAACAGAAAAGAUAAAACAACUUUUGAAAAAUUAGAAUAUCUUGUGUCUAAAGAAGAUAAUUACAAAAGGCUCAGGGAUUAUGUUAAUAGUUUGAAGAUGACUCCAUGUAUUCCAUAUCUAGGCAUUUAUUUGUCUGAUUUGACCUAUAUUGAUUCUGCAUACCCAUCCACACACAGCAUCAUUGAGAGUGAACAAAGAUCGAACCUAAUGAACAAUAUUUUGAGAAUAAUUUCUGAUCUUCAGCAGUCUUGUGAUUAUGAUAUCCCUUUGUUGCCUCAUGUUCAGAAAUACCUGUAUUCAGUACGAUACAUUGAAGAACUUCAGAAAUUUGUUGAGGAUGCAAAUUACAAAUUGUCGUUAAGAAUUGAGCCUGGUACCAGUACACCGCAAUCCACUGCCUCAAGAGAAGAUCUUGCAGGACCAGAUAUAGCACCAUCUCCACAGAGCAGCCGGCGAAGCAUGGCAGCUGAGGCAGCUGUAAUGAAUCCACCGCCAACUCCUCCUUCUUCUAGGCACCUGCUUCCACAUGGACACAGGAAGUCCCAUAGUCUUGGAUACAAUUUUAUACACAAGAUGAAUACACCUGAGUUUAAAAGUGCUACAUUUCCCAAUGGAAGACCUCGGCACUUGCUGGAUGAUAGCGUAAUGGAAAACUACACUCCUUCAAGAGUCCAGGCAGAAAGCUCCACCAUUUCCAGUCCAGGCAUCGGCAUCGGUAGUAGUGAAGGUUCUGAACUCAGUGAGGAGGUGUCAUGGCCAGCUUUUGAAAGGAGCCGUUUCUAUUAUUCCCUGUGUCCAGUGCCACGAAUUGGAAGAAAUGGCUCUCGAGGGCACAUGAAAGCAAACAGUUCUGUGGAAUCUGAAGAGCUCGCAAUAAACCUCUUCCCAGGAUGUGUUACAAUUCAAGGAGUUCUGAAAAGGAAAACAUUACUGAAAGAAGGCAAAAAGCCCACGGUUGCAUCAUGGACCAAGUACUGGGUGGCAUUAUGUGGCACAAAACUUUAUUACUAUUCAGCCAAAUCUUUAAAACCAACAGAAAGAAAGCAUUUCAAGUCAAGUUUGAGUAAGAGCGUUUCUGUUGUGGGUUGGAUGGUGAUGAUGGCUGAUGAUCCAGAACAUCCAGAUGUUUUCCAACUUACAGACUCUGAAAGGGGAAAUUCUUACAAAUUCCAAGCAGGUAAUAGAGGGAAUGCACUGCUGUGGUUUAAGCAUCUGAGUUCUGCCUGCCAAAGCAACAGACAACAGGUUCCUGCAAACUUGAUGUCUUUUGAGUGACUGAAACAGCGGCAUAAUUCAAGACGGAUGCAGCUUGGCGCAUGCAUGCUGUUCAUGAAAGGACCUCAUGGAAGAGUUCCACGUUUGUUCUUUCUGUGCCAGGACUGAAGCCAGAGAUGUGCUUAAUAUUUUUAUAUCAGAGCACUGGCUUCACAACACCAACCACUAGGACAUUGUGGUAACAAUGCGGUAGUCCUGGAGCAGCUAAGACGCAUUUGAUAAGAGAUCAGUAUCUCCGAGGACUGUGCAUCCCAUUUGCACUGACUGCCCUGUGGAACCACUGCCUUAAGUAAAGAUUUGUUACACCAAAUAGUGUACAUGUUAUGACCAGUAAUGCUGGGAUUUUUAAUGCAGAUAAUCCAGAUAGAUUAUAGUUACUGUAGUUAACAGUUUUGGGAGAGCUUACUUGGCUUUUUUUUGCAUUUCCUAUCCCUUGAUCAUUCAUUCUGCUUAUUUGCUCGUCUAGUUAACCCAUGUUGGGUACAGAAAUGGAAUGAGCAAUAUGUUUAGUCAACAGUAUUACCAUGUAGAAAAAAUGCACAUCCAUAGGUUUUUAAUACCUAAAAUAUUUUAUUUUGUUGGAAAAGUGUUUUUUAACUGAACUGUUUUGUACCCAUGUAAUUUCCUUUUUUUUUUAAUUUUUACUAUGUGAACAAUUUUCCUGUGGAUUUUACUAUCUGCUGCAAUCUUGAAUGGAAAAAAAAACUACCUGUGAAACCUUUAUACUAUGAACAUUCAGAUUUGCCAUUCGGCUAUUGUAUAUUUUUCUCAAUCUCUCCAGUAACGUAUACAGCUUGCUUUGAAUCUCUCACAUUCUGCUAACACAUGGCCUCCAAUUUGGUAAUAUCCAGAUAAUAUCUUUCUAAUGCUUUUUGUGUGACUGGUGUCAUUUUCACAACUCUGAAUAUAGUGUGUGUGUGUAUGUACAGUAUGUUUGCACAAGCAAGAUUAAUUGACUUUAGGUGCAGAUUGCAGAAAGUUUUCCUACUUAAUAAAUGUCUUGCAAGUGCAAGCAG